CAAGUAGGAGACAGGGAAUGACUUGACUCUCAUGUCAGCUAAAGUGGCACAUACACGCUGCGUUUGUCUUGAACAACCUUACAUCUUCACCUUGUUUUGUUGGUAUCAAUGAUUCUUACUUGACACACAUAAAACCGUCUGCGUGGAGCCUCUCCUAAUAAAUAAAUAUAUGUCGAAAUCCAUUUUCCUAUUCUAGAACAGAACAAAGCGAGGCUCCACAUAAAUAAAUAUAUGUCGAAAUCCAUUUUCCUAUUCUAGAACAGAACAAAGCGAUGAUCGCAAUGCGAAAGAGUCGCGAGUCAACCACAAUACUUGAGUUAUCAACUCUCCAUUACUUAAUUUUUUAAGUAGGUUUUCCAAUGAGCCGGCAUCAUCCAUUCUUGAAUCUUGACUGUUGCAGCUUGGCUAGAAAGAAAGAAAGAGUGUGAAAAUGUGGGAAAGAGAAAUGAGAAUCGAAGUGCCAGCGUGCAGUAUGGGGUGGGAUUGGCCAGUGGAGAAGUGAGCUGCGUUCUGAUUGGCUUACGGCGGGCUGAUCCGCGUAUGUUGGGCCUUCUUCAUCUUUGUGGUGGUGGGCCUUUGGAAUUUCGCUGCGCACUUUUGGGAAAAGACUUUGAAUUUGGAAUAAGUAUGGAUUCUAAGUAUUUAACACUCUGGUGAGUGGUGGUGAAACGUCACGCACGACCUUGCUUUUUUUAUUUUAUUUUUUAUUUUCUGGGAAUGAUUUUAGGGUUUGGUUAAAUGCAUUGGCGUAAGGAAAAAUAUUUUAUAUGGAACUUUUCUAUUCAUUUAAUAUGAAUGCUAUCAAGAAAGUCAUUUUCGUUUAAUUAUGUUUGUUUUCAUUAAAUCAAACAAAUAAUCCAGUAUUAAAAAAAACACCACAUAGAGUAAAUGUCUUUUUCAGGUCGCUGGUACAGUAAGCGGUGUUUAAAUAGCCGUUGUUGAAUAAGCGGUAUGCAUAUGAAUUGAAUCGUCAGCCGUGGGACUGAAACAGGGUAGACUCCAUAUGAAUCUGACUCUAUAAUGGAAUUAGAAUAGACAUCUCUUCCUCAAUAGGAACUUCACUUCUACCUGGCUAAGGGAAGGAAGAAAGGAGGCAACAGGACGACAACGCGCAUCCGACAACCAUCUACAUUAUGAGAGAUUUUCGUGCUAUUUGAAUCACUUUUUUCUUUCUUUCUUUCUUUCUUCAUACAAAAUAAUUUUCAAAUGCGAUUUUAGCCGAACCUUGAAGAGUUAUUAUCUCUUAUUUUAGUAGUGAUUCAUGAUAUCGAUUGGACGGAUCGUUUGGAUGCAACAUUUAGAUGAGUUAUUUCGACUGAAAUAACUCAUUCCGGAUUAUUCUGGUCGAAAUCACUCGACUUGCUAACAAAAAAGUGAGUUUUGGUAUUUUGUGGCAUGCGACAAUUGCAAUUCCGUUGACGUUGACUUGGUUAGAAAUGCAAAUUGCGCAAGAAUGUAGGGGCAAUUCCGCAACCUGUGAUGUAUUAAUAAGAGCUAGUUUCGAACUGAUGUUGUUGUUGUAGCUGCAACAGCAGUGAGUGAGAUUCACUGUAGAACCUUCUCAUUUCUCACCGCGAUGGCGGAGAAGAAGCAUCUCAACUCCAUUGCCAUUCAUUUCCUCACACUCCAGCUGCUGCUGCUUCUCCGUUCGCUCUAUGGGACUGGCCACCUCUGUGUCGCAGAGGUCAUCUUCGAAGAAAGAUUCGACGAGGGUUGGGAGGGCAGAUGGGUGAAGUCGGAUUGGAAGAGGAGUGAAGGCAAAGCAGGAACAUUCAAACACACAGCUGGGAAAUGGUCCGGCGAUCCAGAUGACAAAGGUAUCCAGACGACCAAUGAUGCCAAGCAUUUUGCUAUAUCUGCAAAGAUACCUGAGUUCAGCAACAAGGACAGGACGCUGGUUCUCCAGUACUCGAUUAGAUUAGAGCAGGACAUCGAGUGCGGCGGGGGAUACAUUAAGCUUCUCUCGGGUUAUGUCAAUCAGAAGAAGUUUGGUGGAGAUACUCCUUACAGCAUCAUGUUUGGACCAGACCUAUGCGGCACACAAAAGAAACAGCUGCAUCUUAUAGUAUCUUACCAGGGACAGAAUUACCCAAUCAAGAAGGAGUUGGAGUGUGAAACUGACAAGCUGACUCAUUUCUACACAUUUGUCCUGAGGCCCGAUGCCUCUUAUAGCAUCUUGAUUGAUGGUCGUGAAAGGGAUUCUGGAAGCUUGUACACAGAUUGGGAUAUUCUUCCUCCACGUAAAAUUAGAGCUACAAACGCGAAGAAGCCUGCUGAUUGGGAUGAUAGAGAAUAUAUCGAUGAUCCUAAUGCUGUCAAACCUAAGGGAUACGAUUCAAUUCCUAAAGAGAUUCCUGAUCCAAGCGCCAAGGAGCCUGAAGAUUGGGAUGAUGAAGAUAAUGGCAUAUGGAGACCACCAAAGAUACCGAAUCCCAAAUAUAAAGGACCGUGGAAACCCAAGAGGAUCAAGAACCCUAAUUACAAAGGAAAGUGGAGAAUUCCCUACAUUGAUAAUCCAGAGUUUGAAGAUGAUCCGGAUAUCUACGUGCUCAAGCCAAUUAAGUACGUGGGGAUUGAAGUUUGGCAGGUGAAGGCUGGUUCGGUUUUUGACAACGUAUUGAUUUGCGAUGAUCCAGACUAUGCCAAAGAAGUUGUACAAGAUAUAUUGUCCAAUAGAGAGAUUGAGAAGGAGGCCUUUGAGGAGGCAGAAAAGAUUAGGAGAGCUCGAGAAGAAGAGGAAGCUCAACGAGCGAGGGAGGAAGGUGAAAGAAGGCGAAAAGAGCGUGGGUAUGACAGAAACCACAGGGACAGAUACAGAGACAAAUAUAAGAAGCGCAAUCAUCGCGAUCACUGGGAUGACUACCAUGAUGAGCUCUAAGGAAAUCGUCUCCCGUUUCGAGAUAUAGCUAAAAGCCUGAGCAGCGCGAUCAAAUCUGGGCUUCAGCGUUUCAAUAGCAGCAGUACUAUUUGUUA